AUGAGCGAAAAACUUUCACGAUUAAAGGCAAUACGAGGCGGUCACCGCAGCGUCGUUACAAAACACGAAAAGGAAGCUACAACGAUAAUAACGGACGAGAUUAUAACGAAAGACGAUGUGUCACGAAUCCAAGUCAUCCAAUGUUUGUUAGAGGAAAAACUGAAGACAUUAAAUACGAUAGAUCAAGAUGUUUUGACCCUUUGUUCAGAGGCAGAAAUCGAAAAAGAAAUCGAAGAUUCCGAAGCAAUAGUCGCACGAAUAAUGGGCGUAAACAAUGCCAUCGCGGAGAGAAUAAAACAAUACGAACAGCCGAGUCAAGUAGUAACAGGUGAGUCGAUUAUCUCACAAAUUUCGAUGCAUAAUAUGGCUACUGGCGUUACAAGUAGUGUAGAAUCGAAGCCAGCGAAACCAAAAUUACCGAAACUAAAUUUGCCCAAAUUCAAAGGGGACGUGACUUCUUUCACGACAUUUUGGGAAAUUUUCGAAAGCGCUAUUGAUAAAAACGAGGGAUUAGCUGACAUUGACAAAUUUCAUUAUUUACACUCGCUAUUAGAAGGACCGGCCUCUAGGGCAAUACAAGGACUUGCCUUGACGUCUGCGAAUUAUAAAACGUCUAUUGAAAUAUUAAAACAAAGAUUUGGCCGACCACAACAAAUAAUAUCAUCACACAUGGACGAACUAUUAAAGGUUCCAAUUUGUUCUGACGACAAGGCUUCAUCUAUGCGUUUAGUAUACGACCGAAUUAACACUAAUAUAAGAGGAUUGGAGUCAAUAGGCAUUAAAUCAGAUCAAUAUGGGAGUCUUUUAAUCCCAGUAAUAAUGUCAAAAUUACCGAGCGAAAUUCGAUUGAUUAUAGCGAGAAAAUCGGAACAUGACGUGUGGAAAAUUGACGAUUUAAUGAAAACCAUCCUUAGCGAAGUGGAAGCACGAGAAAUUAGCGAACGAGUUAAAACAACAAAUGAAAGAAAAUCGAACUUUCCAAAUAAUCGUAGUCCAAACCAAUACCGAAAUAAUAACCCAGGUACCUCGUCAGCGUUGUAUAGUCGCGAGGGAGACAAUACGUAUAAUUCAAAUAAAAUUCGAUGUGCUUAUUGUCAUGAUUUCCAUUUCUCCGCCUCAUGUGAAAAGAUAAAGGAUCCCAAACAACGAAAGGAAAUUUUAAGAAAAGAAGGACGGUGUUUUGUUUGUUUACGAAUCGGACAUAGAGGAUCAGAGUGUCAAAGAACAUGUCGAAGGUGCAAUGGCAAACAUCAUCAGUCAAUUUGUAUGAAAUCCGCUGACAAGAAUACAAGCAACCAACAAUCUCGGGAACAGGAGAAUUCAAAGAAAGAUCAAACUUGGGAAAGAAACAAGGAAUUGCAUAAGCCAAAUACGACAGAGAAGGAUGCUGAAUCAACUGAAGAAGUCAAGACAACGACCACAACUGACCAACGGAGGUCUUCAGUUUUACUUCAAACGGCAACUGCAUAUGCUUACAACAACGCCAAUUCAAAAUGAACCAAAAUACGGAUGCUGUUUGAUUCAGGAAGUCAACGUUCCUAUAUAACGAAUGAACUGAAAGAAAAACUGGAUCUCAAACCGAUAAAGCAAGAAACCCUGCAUUUGAACACCUUUGGAGAGGAAGGAUUCAAACGACAAAAAUGUGAUAUGUUCUCUCUGCAAUUGCAGGGAGAGGACGGUGAAUUAGACAUUGAAUUAUCAGCCUUGGCAUUUCCAGUCAUUUGUUCCCCUGUGUCAACAAGAAUUAACAUUCAAGAAUUUCCCCAUUUAGACGGACUGCAGUUUGCUGAUAACUUGGACGGAGAAAAUCAACCGAUUGACAUGCUCUUGGGAGCUGACUACUAUUACAAGAUCGUCACAGGUGAAGUUAUCAAAAGCGAUACUGGUCCAACAGCUGUGGGAA